AUGGAUGUCUUAGACGGAAACCCUCUUUCCCUCGAAGCCACCUCCACCAUUCCCUCAUCGCUUCUCCAGCCUCAACUCCAGGGACUCCUUGGCGAAUACGUGGCCCACAAAAAUCAAAUUGACGAAUACAAAGAUGAAAUGCUCCAGCAUCUUCUCCUUAUGGAACGGUUGGGAAGACCUUCCUUGGAACAGAUGCAAAUGCAGCCCGAGAUCACCUUGAGAAUGCGCCCUCUCCUUCUCGAUUUCUUGAUGGAUGUCAUCAACAAGCUCGGCUUGUCCAAGUCAACUUUCCCACUCACGGUCAAUUUGAUUGAUCGGUAUGCACUGGUCAGAGUGGUUAAAAAGAAACACUACCAGUUGUUGGGACUCACUGCGUUGUGGGUUGCAUGCAAAAACUUGGACGCCAAGACUCUGAUCCCUCGCCUCGACGAUCUUUGUCGUUACUGCUGCCGCUGCUACGAUCGUUCGAUGUUCUUGGAGAUGGAGAACCAUUUGUUGAAGUCGCUCGACUGGCUCGUCGACACUCCAACGGUUGACACGUUUGUGGACGUGUACAUCUACCUGUUGUCUCCCUACCGCUUUUUAGCUGGCUCUAAAAUGUCUCACCGGGAGUGCACCACCGUUAAGAUUGUGGCCACUUACUUGUGCGAGUUGGCCCACUUCUACCCUCACAUUCAUUUCCACUUCCUGAUCCCGCAGAUGGCCUUGGCUGCCAUCCUCAUGUCCAGCAUGGUGUUGCGUGUCUGCUCCAACGACGACUUGCCUGGUGUUUUGACCCACAUCCUGGACGAGUCGGGUCUGGUUCUUCUCACCAUGCCUCAGUUGGACCACGCGUUCCUGCUUCUUACUAAGGUUUCCAACCGUCCACCUCCUUCGCUCAAGACAAAGUACUUCAGUGAUGACUCCAACUGCUUGAACUUGGCUGCCAUUUUGUCUCCUCUCAACGACAUCAUCCAGAAGGACCUUCCUCUCCAGCUUCCAACUCCUUUGGAACUCCAGGAUGGUGCUUUAACUCCAACUUCUCAAACAAACUCGUCGCCACUCCCUUUGACCCCUCAGUCUGAGGACCAACUGUCAUCGUUGGUGCUGCAGACUGCUUACAUUCUCAACAACUUGACCACAGGUGGGUCGGCUGGGACGAACGGUGUACCUGUCGCUGCUGCUGUUGUUGUUGGUGCCGAGAACACUGUCGUGCAAACAUUGCUCGCCUCCGAAGAACUCACUGGUGAGAAGUCCUCUGCACUUACUGCUGCCAACCCUGCUGCGGCUUUUCCGCUGCCAUCCCUCCUGCCGGGUCAGGAGGGUGUUAAGAGAAAGGCUGAUGCCGAAGAGGCUCCGGCCAAGAGACCUAAGUUGGUAGCGUAG